AGUGUGUUCAACUCGGACGAUCACCGCAUGUUGGGAAGGUGGGAAGUCUUGUUGCCCCAGGACGACAACCACUGAAUAUCGAAUCCCAUGCCUUACGACGAGAGUGACAGUGACAAGUUUCAUAUCAUCGAAGAUGUGGAGCUGAAAUGGAUCUUGUUCACGGAUGUUACCCGCGUUUACUUGAUGCUCACAACCGGUGAUAAAUUCGUCUAUAAGACCGACACUGUUAGAUUUCUCUCCCCCCCUUCGGGGUCAAAAGCAAGCUGGUCCCCCAGGAUGCCGCUAGGUCCACUCAGUCCAUCGACAAUGGUUGUCUUGAAGCUCUACACUCCUCGUAAAUUUCCGCUGCUGUUCCAUAGGCUUCUUGGUAGCGCAGAGAUACCAAUUACCGAGAUAUUCGAUGAGAACAGAGACGAUGAACCGCUCUUGCUCUUCGGUCCGACCUCAGUGCGCCCAAUGCCGACAGUAUCGCUAAAAAUAGCUUACUCGUCAGAUCAAGAAAAGGUCGCAAAACUGAUUGUUAAAGACGCUAAGAAGCCCAAAGAGCGCGUUAAUAGACAUAGCGCUCUUCUUAAUGGUGUGAGUGCUGUCAAAAAGAUGAUAGACAUACUAACAGAGGCUCACCCUGCCGCAAAGGUGGCUUGGAGUAUCAUUUCUAUGGGGAUCGAUAUAUUGAGAUAUCAGAUUGAUAUGGACCAGCUCGUUGUCGAUCUCCAUGCGAUUAUGCUACAGGCUUAUGAACAGGCCAGUAACAAUGAAGUCCUACUCCAUAUCAACAAUCUCCGCCCAAUCUACAACGCGCUCUUUGAGCAGACAAUUCAAUGCGCUAAGUUCAUCGAAAGCUAUGCCAAGAAAAGUUUCACAGGGCGAAUAAUCAACAGAAAUAUAUCAGGCGACAUCAAAAGAAUACAACAGAAAUUCGACGACCUUAUCAAGGAACUCCAUCUAGAAAUCUCAAAGGAAGCCUUCGUCGCCGAAUUGGCUGAACAUAAACAUCAGCAAAUCAAGACAACUCUUCGCAUGCUGGAACCGCCCAUGGCAGUAAAAUUUGGUCCGAAGUCGACAUGCUUACAAGGCACGCGUCUGCGAGUCAUCGAGGAAGUAAUGACUUGGAUCGAGAGAUGCGAUGGGGGCACACUCUGGUGCAAAGGCAUGGCUGGAACGGGCAAGAGUUCCCUUAUGGGUACCUUAUACGAACAGCUUGUGAUCCGUUCUGGCAGUCGCAGUCGCCUUGGUGCCUUCAUUCGCUGCGACGGAAAAGAGUUCGCAAACGCAUCCAAGCUCAUAACCACCAUCGCAUACUCGCUUUGUAUAUUUGAUGAUGAUGUCGCGAGCGCUAUUUCCCAUGCUGUUCAAAAGUUCCGUUGGGUUUCAGCGGCGGUCCCACCAUCAUCUAUACGAAAUCAGUUCCGAGUCCUUCUUCAGGAGCCAUUGGGAUCGGUCUCCGAUGCAUUGAAAGAGCAUCCCGUAGUGGUUAUCAUAGAUGCCUUGGACGAAUGUUCGGAGAUUUCGAGAGAUAUGCUUGGAAUUCUAGCGGAGGGCUUUGGGUCCAUGCUGCCCUUUAUGCGGCUCAUUGUAUCGAGCCGGCCUAUCGAAAGCAUCACUCGAGUAUUUCAGACACAAAAGACUAUGGCCGUGAUUACCUUGGACACCUCGUCAGAGGACGUGAUUCGAGAUAUACGACUCUACGUUGACGUCCAACUUAACGCUAUAUACAAGGAUCCACUGCUGAAAAAUGAUGCUGGGGCAUUCCAGAACAUAUGCGAAUCACAAAGUGCUGUGGAAUUGCUCAGUGAAAGAGCGAACGGCUUGUUUAUAUGGGCUGUCACUGUUUGCAGUUUCCUGGCCGAAUUUCCCUGUGAAUCUCGACUUCGAGGACUCUUGAAUGCUGAAACCUCCCAGAUCACAUUGUAUUCCUUGACAGCUUUGUAUCGGACAGCUCUUCGCGUCAUGGUUUCAGAUAAACUUGAGAAGGAUAAGGACAUCAGAUGCUGCAUUCGUGGUGUGCUAGGGGCUCUUGUAGUUGUGCCUGGUCAAAUCACCAUUCAGAUGCUGGACGAUUUGGUUUUCUUGCCCGGAGAUCCUUCCGCAGAGGUGGUGUUAGCCAAGUUGGGGAGUAUUAUUCGUGUUUCUCCCCAGGGGAAGCUUCAAGUUAUUCAUCAGUCUCUCUACGAUUUUCUAACAGACGAGACACAGUGCGGAGAAGAGUGGCGUAUUGAUGUGGAGGAGCAGAGAAGAAAGCUUUUGCAUGCGAUCAAGAACUUGCCAAAUACCUCGCAAGGAGGAAGCGACUAUGCGCGGCUUCAUCGCGAACUAUCACAGGGGACUUUUUAAGAUGAUCCUUGAAGGGAUGGAUGCAAGAUUUCAGGCAGACAGUCGGCCCGUUGCCUAAACCGACCAUCAUCGGAUGUACGAGAAGUAUUAUGUCUACAAUAGAAUCACCACAUUUUCUUCCAUCCUCUGCUGUGCUCUUUGCUUGUUCGAAUAUGAAACAUGCACA